AUGGGGGUCCCGCUCCCUCUCCCGGUCCCCGGGAGGCGCUGGUUCUGCCGCACAAUUCCUCUUGCUGUAAUCGCGCUGCUGCUUCUUUAUCUCAGUGCUGGGAGUCUCCGUCCCAUCUCAAGUUGCAGAAUCGGAGAGCAGUACUGCAUUGCCGAGGAACUGCCACCUUCCCAGGUUCAACAACAGUCGGGACUUCUGGAAGCCCUGGGGCAGGAAGAGCCUCUGUGCCUGGGCCCCCAGGGGACGUUGGGCCGCCUGAUGAGGCCGUUCCGCGCCAGUCUGAACCCCGAAGGGGAUGUGCAGCUGUCCCAGUACUUGGCAGGAUGGAGGGAGCUGGUCAAGUUCCUAACGCCCCUGGGCUCCAUCUUCGCCUUCGCCACCAGCGAGGCCUUCUCCAAGAUAACAGCCCUCGAGGCUCUGGUACACGGCCCAGAUGCCUCCCACUACACGUCGCUGGCGGCCAUGGAGGAGUGGGAGCGGCGGGCAGGACUGCUGGAGCAGCCCGGGAGCGCCCCUGCGGACCCGGCCAAGUCCUCGGGCUCACGAACAUUGCUCCUGCUGCACCGGGCUUUGCGCUGGUCCCAGCUCUGCCUCCACCGGGUGGCGACAGGGACGCGCAGAGGCCCGGACGCCAGCGCCCAGUGCAGCGACGCCUACGGCACCGCCCUGGCUCCGCACCACCCCUGGGUCGUGCGUCAGGCCGUGCGCGUGGCGUUCCUCGCCUUCCCGGGUCGCGCCCGUUUGCUUGAGCUGGCGUGUCCGGGGACCCGGGAAGCGGAGGCGCGGGCCGCGCUGGCGCGGGGUGCUGCUACCCUGGAGGACGUGUACAACCGCACCCAGAGCCUGUUGGCAGAGCGCGGCAUGAUGCAACUGGCCUGAGGCGGGCGGGCCGAGGUCUCCCGGGAAGUCCGGAGAAAGGGAGCGCCAGGGCGGCCGGCCCCCCGCCCACGCCGGACGGUGCUCCGCCCCUCGUGAGUCACCGAUGGAAGGCCCGCCCCCGACGCGGACGGUAGUGGGACCCUUCCUCUCUCGGCUGUUUUGGGCUGAGGGGAUCGGUGAGGAAUAAGAGGUUUUUUCUGGUCGGCAUAGACUAGACCGUUCCGCGAGAUAACGGCGAGGGCUUAAGGGAAACAUGCAAAAGUGAAUGUAGGAACCUGUGUCAUCCCUGUUCCCGGCAGCCGAGACUCACACUUCCCCUUGCGCCUCUCCGCCACUCCCGUGCCUUCAUCUGCCUACGCGCGCGAGUCUCCAGUCCAGACUUAAGCUCCAGUCCCCAUAAAGCCAGCUCUCUCCUGGACACCGCCUCGGACGGCGGAAACGCAACACAACCAACGCGGGUCUUAUCGCCCCUCCAGAACUGCACAUCGUCUGUUCCCAGUCUCUGUAAAUAAAAGGCACCCCCUCAUG